CAAAACCAAGAAAUAAAAGAGAAAAACCUGAACAGAAGAAGAAGAAGGGGGGAAAAUGGGGGGUCCUUCACGGCAGUGUGAGGUUUGCAAUCGAGCUCAGUCCAAGUACAAGUGCCCCUCUUGUCUUCUUCCCUAUUGUUCUCUUUCAUGUUUCAAGACACAUAAAGAAACUCUUUGUGUGAAACCGGAAUCCACACAAGACAAGUCUGGAACCUCUAGUGUGAACUCAGGGUCCGUUAAUGAUGCUGUAACAAGUAGUGUCAAGCCGGAGUCCACCAUCGAUGCUGUGACCCCAGUGUCAAGCCAGAAUUAUCUGAAGGAAGAGGCAGUAAGAACCAGGGUUUCAAAUCGCGGAACCUCUAGUGUGAACUCAGGGUCCGUUAAUGAUGCUGUAACAAGUAGUGUCAAGCCGGAGUCCACCAUCGAUGCUGUGACCCCAGUGUCAAGCCAGAAUUAUCUGAAGGAAGAGGCAGUAAGAACCAGGGUUUCAAAUCGCGAAGCUCAAGUGGUGUUUGUUUCGUAUCUAUUAGGUGCUAAACCAGAAUUUCAAGUGGAAAGGAAACUAGAAGUUGAUGACCCAAGUGAAGUGCUACAAAUAAUGCAGAUGCAGGCUAUUGCUUCUUCCGAUGAAGUCCGUGAAGCCUUGAAGGAUGAACAUCUUCGAAAACUUAUCUCUGAUAUUGAUAGCUCCCCGGAUGCUUUAAAUUUCAGUAUGAGUCAAUGGUCAUAUUGCAUUAAAAGGCAUUGUGGUUGGCUUGUAGUAGAACAGUUUGCACUUCAAAAACCUUUAGAUAAAACUGUCCUGAGGCCAAAGCUGAUUCACACUAAAUCUACCAUGUUUCCUCAAGCAGCUUCUUCCGAUGAAGUCCGUGAAGCCUUGAAGGAUGAACAUCUUCGAAAACUUAUCUCUGAUAUUGAUAGCUCCCCAGAUGCAUUGAAUGAACUCGACAAAGCUAUGGGAGUGGAUGUUUUUCGCAUUUUCAGUGAUAACAUUUUAUCUGCGAUCAAUCCGUGACCGCAUACGGUAUUUUACAAAGGCCAUUGAAGCUCUUUUUCCGAAUGCAUCGUUGUCAACAUGGUUAUGUCCAAGUUUUGCUACGUGUUCAGAAGAGGAACUGGCCUGCCGUUUUAGCCCGGUCAGCGGUUGAUGUUUCUGUAAGUUUAACACUUGCAUACAUAUUUUUUUUAGUGUUAGUUUAUAUCUUGAUGAAAAUGUCUGCAAUGGGCCUUUGUUUUCCGAAUGCAUGUAUUGUUGAAUACCAGGGAACAUCAUUGGGACCAUGCCAACUCAUGCUCAUCAUCAACCAAAAUAUCUAUUGUCAAAUAUAAUAACCAUCCACAAGCUUAUUCUUUAAGAUAUAUAAAACAAUGCCCAUUACAAUAAAUGUCAACAGAACAUAACUAUCAUACCCCACCCAACUGCAUACUGUAGUAAAAACCAUGCAUGUUAGAAUCACAUUGAACAGUUUCAUAAACAUUAAUAACAAUGCGGGUAGAAGAU